AAGAAGAUAACUAUCUUCUUGGCCAUGGCUUCUGUAUAAUGAGAUCCUCUAAGACUUGAUCGGAGUGAACGGUCUACAUGGAGUCCAGCGCCGUCGGUUGCCACGUGGUGGCCAUGCCUUUUCCAGGUAGAGGCCACAUCAACCCUAUGAUGAACCUCUGCAAGUUACUAGCUUCCAGAAGAGCUGAUAUUCUCAUCACCUUCAUCGUCACCGAGGAGUGGCUCGGCUUCCUCCUCUCCGACAGCAAGCCGCCUAACAUCCGAUUCGGUUCCAUUCCCAACGUCAUUCCAUCCGAGCUUGCUCGCGGGGCCAACUACCUAGCCUUCCUCGACGCUGUAAGGACGAAGAUGGUAGACCCGUUUGAGCAGCUCCUGGCCCGGCUUGAGCCGCCGGUGACUACUAUAGUAGCUGAUACUCUUCUAUUCUGGGCGGUCGAUGUGGCGAAUCGUAGAAAUGUUCCGGUGGCAUCGUUUUGGCCGAUGUCGGCCGCGGUGUUUUCGGCGUUUCUUCAUUUUGAUCUUCUGGUUCAAAAUCGGCACUUUCCGGUGAAUUCCUCAGAGAGUGGAGAUGAACGAAUCGAUUACAUUCCGGGAAUCUCUUCAAUUCGCAUUGCAGAUCUUCCUGGUUCCAUAUAUUGGAACAAGCCAUUCUUACCUAUGAUGUUGGAAGCUCUGUCAUGGUUGUCCAAGGCGCAGUACCUUCUGUUAGCUACCAUGUAUGAGCUUGAAGCCCAUGUGGUUGAUGUGCUAAAACCAAAAUUCCUGUUCCCCAUCUACAUCGUUGGUCCUCUCAUACCUUACUUCAAGCUUGGAGACAACUAUAUAUCAACAAACCAAACUGACCUCCACUACUUAAAAUGGCUGGACCUUCAACCUCCUGGUUCUGUCUUGUACAUCUCUUUGGGAAGCUACCUUCCAAUUUCGACUGCCCAGACGAAUGAAAUCGCAACUGGGUUGCGCGACAGUGGUGUUCGGUGCUUGUGGGUGGCGCGUGAGGGAAUUUGCCGAUUCAAAGAGAUUUGUGGUGAGAUGGGGAUGGUGGUGCCUUGGUGUGAUCAACUGAGGGUCCUGUCUCACUGGUCGGUGGGUGGGUUUUGGUCACACUGUGGGUGGGGCUCAACCUUUGAAGGUCUUUUUGCGGGUGUUCCUUUUCUUACUUUGCCCAUGGCUGCAGAUCAACCUUUGAACAGUAAGCUAAUUGUGGAAGAUUGGAAGAUUGGGUGGAGGGUGAAGAGAGAGGUGGGAAUGGAAACUAUAGCUAAAAGAGAUGAAAUUGCAGGGCUGGUGAAGAGGUUUAUGGACGGGGAAGGGGAAGAGGGUAAAGAAAUCAGGAGAAGAGCAAGGGAGCUUCGGGAGAUUUGUCGACUAGUAAUUAAAAAAGGUGGGUCAUCUGAUACAAGUCUUGGUGCUUUUGUAAGAGACAUUUCCCAAUACUAGAGAAAGUAUUAAUCAAGCAGAGUGAUGUAUCGUGUCUCCAUUGAUGAGAAGAUGUGAAGCCUGUAACAUAUUGCAUGCACAAGACAAAUAUUGAGGAGGGCGUUACUUACUUGGGUUCUUUCUUCUCACUGUCUAUAUUGCCUCUUUCCAAAAUGAAGCAUUUGCCUCGAU